AUGAAAGUUGCUUGUUUUCAUGAUACAAAUGAUGUACGCAUAGAACAAACACCAAUUCCGUCGGUGAAGUUUGUCGGAAUCUGUCGAACAGAUGCGCAUGAAUAUUCUCAUGGUACAUUGAUUGUUCCUAUGAAAGAACCGCAACCAGUAAACGGGCAUUGUGGUGCAACAAUAAUGAGACAUGAGUUUUCUGGUGUAGUUGUCGAAGUCGGAGAGAAUGUUUGCAGUGGUAAUGAUAAACCAGGUGACUGA